CGCCAUGGUUUUCGAUUACUGGCAGUCGCUGUUUGAGGUCAACCUCCCGGGCAAGAAGAGUGUGUGCUUGUCCACUUUUGUCCUUAUUAGGCACCUUUCCUGUGAUGAAAGGCCAUGUUUGAGAGCUGACAAGUGCACUUUCGUGGCCCCAAGCGCUGUAACAUGCUGAACAGCAAUGGCAAUAUGGCACGUUGGCGAAACAGAGCUUCACUGACUUGGAACUGCGUGGAGCUUCCCCCCAGAAGGCCAGAAGGUGCGUGGACAAGGCAAAAGCAGUGGCCCAAGUGACUCCACAAGACAAUAGAGCGAAAUGGCACGCGGUCCACUCACCAAAGUGUGCGCACAGUGCAGGAAGCAACCAUUAUGGUGAAACGUCGAGGUUCAGUUGUUAACAGCCGCGCCGCUGGAAGGACUUGACCCAUCACGGCUGGUCUUGUAGUCUCAACCUCUAAAACGCUUAGUAAAACCAUGGUUGUUUGAUAGGAGUGGUUAAAAAAUGUCAAGGACAUGUUGGCUUAUAGGAUGUCGAUGUGGACCACCGCGCGCCGCAGUUCCGUGGCCUCCAUGGCCUCUCAAAGCCUCGCCUGUUGUUUUCGCAACUUACACAGCGCAGCUCGCUGUGUGUGAGCGGCUCGUCCAUGUUGCGGCUCUCCACGGCGUUCCCGGGCACGUUCACGGCGCUGUGGUUGAUUGCCUUCACACCCAAGUUCGCCUUGGCAAAACGAGUCCAUGAGCAAUGGUCCCGCCUGACACCGGGAAAGAAGUGGUACGUCAACGAGUCAGAAGUGACCAAGGAAGGGCAAGCGCUUCUACCAGCCGGAACGCAGCCGAUGGUUCCACGGUGAGGCCGGGGCAGCUCCACAGCGGAGUGGCGCGGAGGGUCGCAACUGGUGAGAAGAAACCACAUCUUUGUUGCAAGUUGGCAAAGAGCGCUUGGUACAAUCGCGUUGGCUGGCGCUACAAGCGGCAAGCGAACUUUCAGCUUUGUACCGAGGAGCUGCGGCCUUUGGAACCAGAUGUGUGCUGUCGCGUCGGCGAGGACGAGCAGCAGAAAGUAGGGGUGCACAUCAAGCAAGCAAAAGGCCUCGGGUACCAAAUAGUGAGGGAGAUUUGGGAGUGGCCCGACAAGUACUUUGGCAAGAGCCGCCCGAUCUUCCAGCUCGACGACGUCACAGGUGGAACGGACUACGAUGGCUCACCGGUGAGUGCUGCUAUUGUGCGAGAGUUUCUGGAGAAGAGGCUCCAAAUGGGUCUCCUACAAGCGGCUUCAGGAGUCGAGGGAAAAGAUGCUGUGCCGGGACAAGACACUGCUUUGCUGUGUUCUCAGCAUUUCCAGGACUUGGACACAGCUGAUUGUCGGCUCCGCGCCAAACGCCCCGACGAAUGCUGCUGUUUGGAGGCCACCGUCCAAGAAGCCCAGCGCUGUUUGCCCGUCCCCAGCGGUGCAUCGUCCUCUCUGGGGCCGUUCGUGGUGAACGGCACGUACACGGAGACCAAGCUCCACGACUUAGAUGAGGGGAGCAUCGCAUGGCCUCCCAGUCCCGAGGAGAUGGAUAAGGAGCUGCCGAAGAAAGUGACCUCACAGGAUCCUGAAGCGCCUGAGCAGUUCGACUAUGACUGGACACCAGGCCAGCAGUGGGAAGCCAAAUGCCUGGGCAACCAGAAGGUGGGUUACAUCAGAUCAGAGAAGAAGAGCAAACGGGUGCGGAGUGGAACACGAUUCCGUCGCGUGGGCAAAGUCUCGCACUCAGUGCCAGUUUAUAAGACGAAGCACUGGACUGCAUACCAUCAGGAGUACAAAGAGGAGUGCAUCUCUUACGAGUACAAGCGCCGUUGUCCGCUAAAUCAUGGCCUCUAUGUCAAACAGUUCCCACUAGGCACUUGUACCAAGGUGCCAGGCGAGUCCAAUGACCAGUUGCAAUUGAUGGACCUCGGGGCCUUGACCUAUCAGUGCCCGGAAGGCUAUCAGAGCGGCGCGGAGGGCGCCAUGAAAUUUAACCGCCACUGCAGCUGCACCUCCGAGGAUGGCAAGGCAUCCUGCAGCUAGAGGAGUAUACGGCUUCUCCGGUCCUGGAACAUGCGGUUCGUCCUGGCCAUGCGUCUCCACGGGGCCAGGAUACAUCUCACAGCUGCACAUCUCUGUGCCCAGGCGGCCGCAAGGCAGGUCUAGCUGAAGGGGUGGCAAACAGACAGUUGGACAACAAAGGAGUUUGGUGGUAGGGAAGACGUCAAAGUUCUCUAAACACAUUUAGACUGGGCAAACGGGUAAACUCUUGAGAUGAGUUGAGAUACGAUUUGCAUGUGAUGAAGAGGUAGCUAGAGCUGUUUGGCUUGGAGCAACCUCAAGGUCUUGGCAAGCAGAAGCUGACCC